AUGGAAGCCAAACGGCAACAGCUCCUUGGGGACCAAAAUCUCUACCCAGAGUUCUUCAAGCCGGGUCAGAGGAGACCAUCUGGCCGGGCUCCUGAAAAUGUCCCCUCUGUCCCAUCAUCCACGAGCGAAUCGCAUUCAGGAUCUUCGUCCGCAUCAUCGACGACCUCCCAAACCGCCCCAAAGGUCAUCAAAGGCAAGAAUGGCCCUAUUAUUAUCUCUUCCGAUGAUGAGAGUGGAGAUGAGGACGAAGAAAGCCCGCCCACCAAGAAAAUUCCCGAGCAACCCGGGAAAGGUAAACAACUCCUAGGUGUAGCUGGCUCUGUUGUGUCGCGGGACAACGUGACGCACACCAUAGAACGCGCUCAGCCAAGUGACUUUCCAAAGUGGAACCGUGUUCCAGCCCCAGUCGAGUUACCCACAAACAAAUCUUUUCCCUUUAGUUUGAAUACCGCCGACGACGACGCUGAGACCUUUGACCUUCCGGAUACGAGAGACGUCUAUGAGCGUCCCAUGUCAGCAGGGGAAGCCGAAAAGGCAUUCCUAGCACUCGUUGAGGAUACUGUUGGCGACACAGACGACGGCGUCGAGAUCGACAUGAAACAAGCGAUCGUAGAGGGAUUCACUGACGGUAUCGUCUUGUUGCCACACCAGGUCCUGGGGAGGAUCUGGAUGAGGGAACGAGAAAGCGGAAAGAAAAUGGGUGGUAUUUUGGCAGACGACAUGGGUCUCGGGAAGACGAUACAAACGCUUACGCGUAUUGUCGAGGGGCGCCCGAAAAAGUCGGACAAGGCAGAUGGUUGGGCACCAAGUACGCUAGUCAUCUGUCCUGUUGCGCUCGUAUCCCAGUGGGCUGCUGAAAUUAAAAAGAUGACCGUUGGACUACGUGUCGUUGAGCACCACGGUCCUCAUCGGACAUCUGACCCGCUAAAGCUGCAACAGGCGCACGUCGUAAUCACAUCCUAUAGCAUCGUCUCUUCUGAAUACGCCUCAUAUGCUCCCGAAGCGAAGGAUGAGUCGAAAAAAUCAAAAUCGAAAAAAGCAGACAAAUCCAAGGCCGAGUCCGACUCAGAUUCGUCGGAAGGUUUAACGAGGAAGCUGAAGGCAAAGGCAAAGGCGGGUAAGAUAAAGGAUGCUCUCUUCGGGGUGAAGUGGUAUCGUAUUGUUCUCGAUGAGGCCCACAAUAUCAAGAACCGCAAUACAAAGGCUGCGUUGGCUUGCUGCGCCCUGGAAAGCAAGUAUAGGUGGUGUCUCACUGGAACUCCCAUGCAGAAUUCGGUGGAAGAGUUGUACUCGCUAAUAAAAUUUCUUCGCAUCCGUCCAUUGAACGACUGGCAGACUUUCAAUGAGCGGAUUGCAAAGCCAGUUAAGGGUGGAUAUCCUAACAGAGCAAUGCAGAGACUUCAUGUCGUCUUGAAAGCCAUCAUGCUCCGCCGGACCAAGAACCAAAUUUUGAACGGGAAACCUCUGCUCCAACUUCCACAACGCAAUCUCGACAUCAUCGAAUGCCGGUUCGACCCAUCAGAGCAAGCAUUUUAUGCCCGCCUAGAGAGCCGUAUGAAUUCCGAAGUCAAUAAACUAGUCCUUCAGAGCGAGAAUGUUAACUAUACCCACGUGUUGUUACUCUUGCUUCGGCUGAGGCAAGCGUGCAAUCAUCCCUCGCUGAUCUCGAAGGACUAUCGUGCUGACAAAGAUGCUGCGGACCCGAAGCCUGCCAAAGAUGACGACGAGGGCGUAGAUGACCUAGAUGAACUAUUUGGUCAGAUGGGGGUCUCGAACGGCAAGAAAUGCCAGUUAUGCCAAGCGCCACUUCCUGCUGGACAAGACUCGGUGCAUUGUGAUAGCUGUGCUUCAUUGGCUGUGACAAAGUCCAGCAACUCCAAGGACCCCAAACUUCCUCCUGACUCAGCGAAGAUCCGAAAGAUACUAGAAAUCUUGAAAGAGGUCGAUGAGCGUUCCGGAGGAGAAGAGAAGACGAUUAUAUUUUCACAGUUCACGAGCAUGUUAGACUUGAUACAACCAUUCUUGGAUGCAGAGGGGGUGAAAUAUGUUCGAUAUGACGGUACGAUGCAAAAAGACAAGCGUGAAGCCAGCCUCGAGAAGAUCAGGAGCAGCAAGAGUACGCGAUGCAUAUUGAUCUCCUUCAAAGCGGGAAGCACUGGCCUCAACCUGACUGCAUGCAACAAUGUUAUCUUAGUGGAUAUGUGGUGGAAUCCUGCACUCGAGGAUCAAGCAUAUGAUCGUGCCCAUCGUCUCGGACAAACGCGAGACGUGAAUAUCUACAAGCUCAUGAUACCCGAAACUGUCGAAACGCGUAUCUUGCAGCUGCAAGACACCAAACGGCAAUUGACCACGGCAGCACUCAGUGGUGACAAGCUGAAGAAUAUGAAGUUGGGAAUGGAUGAUUUGCUGGCGUUGUUUAGAGGAUUUGACCGGGAUGGCGAUGAUGAUUGA